AUGGCUUUUAAUCAGAAGAAUCCACAGGGCUCACCCAACCAACCCCUUCAGAGCCGCAGUGAGACCCAAGGCCUGGAGGCUGCAAAGGCACCAGAGGCUGUGGAGAAGGCCGAUCUCUCCUCCCACCCUCCCAUGCCUGGCAGUUUGAAGAAGGCUCCUGCUGCUGGUAUCCCCAGUACUCCUGAGAGAACUCACAGUUUCUGCUCCUCCUCAAUGGUCACCAUGGCCAUACUAUCAAGCCAGUCUGGUGAGGGGUCCAGUAGCCAUGAGGAGGGGGAUGGCACCUUAGAGGCAGAUUCAGACCCCAGGAAUGCGCCCAUAGAUGCUCUAGAUGAAAGGGCGGCUUGGUUGGUGGAUUUUCUGCUCUUCAAGUAUGAAAAGAAAGAACCAGCAACCAAGGCAGAAAUGUUGAAGAUUGUCAACAAACUGUACCAAGACCACUUCACUGAUAUCUUAGUGAAAGCCUCUGAGCGCAUGGAGAUAAUCUUUGGCCUUGAAGUGAAGGAAGUGGAUCCCAUCCAGCACCACUACGCCAUCGUCAUCAAAUUGGGCCUCACCUAUGAUGGGAUGCUGCAUGGUGUAAAGGGCGUGCCCAAGACCGGCAUUUUGAUACUUCUUCUGGGGGCCAUCUUCAUGAAUGGCAACCGUGCCACUGAAGAGGAAAUCUGGAAAAUUCUGAGUGUGAUAAAGUUAUAUCCUGGGAAGAAGCAUUACAUCUUUGGAGAUCCCAGGAAUCUCAUCACCAAACAUUUUGUGGAGGAGAAUUACCUAAUUUACCAUCUGAUGGCCAACAGUUAUCCUGCACAACGUGAAUACCUGUGGGGCCCGAGAGCACAUGCUGAAACCACCAAGAUGGAAGUCCUAAAGUAUUUGGCCAAGGUUCACGGGUCUGACCCAAGUUCUUUCACAUCUCUGUAUGAAGAGGCAUUAGAGGAAGAACAAGAGAGAUGUCGGGCCAAAACUGCCACCACAGCUAUUGAUAAUCCUGGCCAUUGCUAGUUUUAAGGCCAAGCCUGACAGCUACUCCCAUGUCUGUGGAAGUCAGCAAUAGUUUCUGCAUGCAUUGUUUGAAUAAGCAGUUCAUGUUCAUAGAAUUUAGGUCAGCGAUGGUUCUGAAAGGAACACAGUAUAUGCCUGUGUUUCUCUUUGAUAUGUGUAACUUGAAAAUCUGUUCUUUUGUUUGGUAAUAUGUAUUAUUCAAAUUAUUAGUUAUUUAGUAUAGAUUUAAUUAGGUUUAAAAUCUCUGAGUUUAUGAGUGGUAUUGCUCACACAUUUAAUGCUCUAAAGAGGUUUCAUAGUAAGAGCUUUUAUUCCUAAAACAAAUUGUGUGACCAAACAUCUCAUGUUGUCACCUGGAAUAGGAAAACAUUGCAUUGCUAUAGACAUUUACUGGACAUGUGAAUGAAAUCAGUUUUAAGGUAUUUGGGUUUAAGUAAAAG